AGUUCUUACAGAAUACAGAGAGAGUAUAGUAAAAGACAGGUCAUCCUCCUACUUUGCUGCAUUCCUUCCUGCAUCUAUAUUGCAUUAUGACCCACGCUGAACCGGAGAGUUCCAUACUUGGUAUGUUUUACGAUCUCAAUCAAGGGGGCUUAGCAGCUGGGGGAGCUUAUUUUAAAUAAUAGACAUAGUAUUGAUAUCACGCCUUUUUCUCACGAUGGCUUCGGACCUCUGCCAAAUCCCUCUCUCCCCUCCAAGCUCUCGACCCCGCGCUGCUACGGAAAUGAUGAUGUCUUCCAAUGAGUUGACCUCUCCUCUUCCCUCUCGACGAUCAUCCCAAGUCAUGAACCCUCCUACCAUGUUAUUAGGACAAGGUCAUGAUGAGAAGAGCCGGAUUACUAGCAACCAUGCGCGUGAGAGAGCAACAUCCGGUCCUCUGCGACAUCCAAAGCCCUUUACACCUGCUGAUAUUCAUUCGAUGCUUGAGUGCGAACAAGAAGCGAUAGUCAACCGUCUAUCAAGGGAAUUAUCCCUGCUUCGCCAACAAACUGCCUCUGUCGCCUCAACCACCUCCUCUACCUCCGCCACCUUCAACGACGCACUCGACGCACUCCACGGAUCUUCAUUCGUACCCGGUCCUAUCUAUCCCACAGUGUCUCGGCGACACCGCUCAUCAUCCAGCUUGAGCAGCUCGUAUUUCCCCGUUAUCCAAGGGUCGAGAACGAGCAGUGUUUCUGGAAUUACCCCGUCCAGAGAGACAUGGCGUGCACAGGACUCCUCUCGAGCCAGUCGUAGCCGGGAGCCAUCUUUUACUUCUCAUCAAAAAUCGGAGCGCCUAUUCUCAACCCCCCCGCCUCAGCUACAAAAACAAAUUGAUCCGUCAGCGACUCUCACAUACAGCCCACGGCUGUGCCCCCAUUGCAGCUCACUGUCGCAGCAGAGAAGAGCAUCGGGUUCUGGCGCACCCCGUCCCGACGAGGGGUUAUCCCAGCGAGGAGAAAUCGAAGCUAUUAAGCGGGAGAAUGAAAUGAUGAGAGGUCGUCAAACUAUGACAGUAGAAAGUUGA